UGGUCGCUGACUGCUGUCGUCUGUCGUCCAUCUCAUGUUAAUCGGUUGUGAAUUGUAAUCGGCUGCGGAUUAUAGUUGUGGGUUUGCCGAAUCCACUUGUUUUAUUAAUCUUGUAAAGCAAUAGCAUAUGAAUAAUUUAAGUGUUCUUAUUAAUUCACGGGCUUCUUUAUAAUAAGUUCAAAUUGAUUUAAAAAUAAAGUGGACAUAUUUAAAUAUGUCGAGUGAUACGGCGAAGAAUUUUUCAAACCUUGAGACCCCUGGGUAUGUUGGAUUUGCCAACUUGCCUAAUCAGGUUCAUCGGAAAUCAGUAAAAAAAGGUUUUGAGUUCACACUGAUGGUUGUAGGGGAAAGUGGGUUAGGAAAAUCCACUCUUGUGAAUUCUCUGUUUUUAACAGACCUAUAUCCUGAGAGAGUUAUUCCAGAUGCUACAGAGAAAUUGAAUCAGACUGUUAAACUUGAUGCGUCUACAGUUGAGAUUGAAGAGCGCGGUGUGAAACUGCGAUUGACAGUUGUUGAUACUCCAGGAUAUGGAGAUGCCAUUGAUAAUACAGACUGCUUCAAAUCAAUUAUACAAUACAUUGAUGAGCAAUUUGAGAGGUUCCUCCGUGAUGAGAGCGGUCUCAAUCGACGUAACAUUGUAGACAACAGAAUUCAUUGUUGUUUCUACUUUAUAUCUCCAUUUGGACAUGGACUGAAACCUUUGGACAUUGAAUUUAUGAAACAAUUGCAUAACAAGGUCAACAUUGUACCCGUGAUUGCAAAGGCAGAUUGUCUUACUAAGAAAGAAGUUCAGAGGCUUAAGUCCAGGGUGAUGGAGGAAAUAGAAAGAGAGGGUAUUAAGAUAUACCCUUUGCCAGAUUGCGAUAGCGAUGAAGAUGAAGAUUACAAAGAGCAGGUUCGUCAGCUUAAAGCGGCUGUUCCGUUCGCUGUAUGCGGCGCUGGACAGCAGCUGGAAGUGCGCGGACGCCGUGUCAGAGGCCGUCUCUACCCGUGGGGCGUGGUCGAAGUUGAGAACCCGGAACAUUGCGAUUUCAUCAAACUAAGGACUAUGCUUAUAACCCAUAUGCAAGACUUGCAAGAAGUAACUCAAGAGGUCCAUUACGAGAACUAUCGUUCAGAGAGGUUGGCCAGGAACGGACAAGUACCUAAAAGACAUACAUCAACCGAGAGUGGACUUAGCGAGAACUCAAACGAUUUGGCAAAUGGUUCAACUGAUGAUGGUUCUGGACGUGACAAAGUACUCCGUGAAAAGGAAGCGGAGUUGCGUCGAAUGCAAGAGAUGCUUGAACAAAUGCAGCGUCAAAUGCAACUGCAAGCUGCCAGUACAACAACUGCAUAGUGCACGCUCCACGCACAGUUGGACAAUGGUAUGGCUGUCCGGCUGACUGAUUCGUGUGACGUCGUCAAUUUAAUAUUACGCGCCAUCCCGUACUGUGUAACCUCCACUUAACUUUGAAUAUAAAUCAAUAAAUAUAUUAGAGAUUAAUAGAUAAGAGAGGUUAGAAUGCCAAAAAUAUAUUAUAUACGACCUUUUCUAAGCUUUAAAAACGCAUCAAAAAGUUAAUACGAUUUCGGAAAUUUUGUUGUUUAUGCAAACUAUGAUAAUGACUAUAUAAAAGUUAAAAUUAUAGAUAAUAGUUGAUCUUCACAUAAAAAAUAUGGUUUUAUAUUAACAUUAAAAAGAACGAUAACUCAAUAGAAUAAUGUAUAAUUUUCUACGGAAAGUUCGUGACUUUGUACUACAUACUUUUGUUAUUCUAGCCUCAAAAAUAGGUUCCUAAUUAUAAGAAAUUAUAUUGCACCUUUGUGUUUAUACGUAUUAAAUAGUGUAUUACAUACUUUAGAUUAACGUUUUAUUAGCGACGGACGUCUGGUUUGUUUAUGUCAGUUAAAAACAGAUUUAAUUAUACAGGAAAUAUUUGAUCUGACUCCUAACGAGAAUUUUCUCGAAAUGUUUUUAAUCUCAUUUUAGUGCCAUCUUAUCUAUCUCAGUAUGAUUUAUUCAAGUAUUAUUUUAUUGUAUUUUUACUAUUUGACUGAAUGUGUGUAUUGUCCCAAAUUAUUUCUAAAUUUCACGUGUCGUUCUGUGUCACGCUUAAAGGUAAUUGAGAAGUUUGAAUGAUUUUUUUUGGGGAUCUAAUACUAGGUACUUAACUUUUGGCAAAUAUCUAUGUGACACAGAGUAGGCAUAGAAUAAUUGUAUUCUACAUUAGUAAUAUUUUAGGAUUAUUAAUAGUUUUCCAUGUGGUGCAUUUAUAGAACUUAAGACUUAUCUCUGUUUAUCAUUCAUUAACAACAGCGUCAAGAAAGACGACCCUAUUCUAAUUCGUAAUUAAGUCACAAUCUCAUCUUGGGCGGUGUCAAAUAUGUCAAAUUUCAUUCAGAAAAAAUACAGUGACAGCUCUUUAAUUUAGAGAUUGACGUUGUUGAAAACGUCUUGAAUUCUACUUUGACGGACUUUAUGCAUUAUUAUACACACCUUGAUAGGGCCAAUAGUGGAUAUGGUACGGCCUCUGAUGUAUGUUAAUACUGUUUUAUAUAUGAUCUAUGGCUUAGUUCAGACUUAGAGAAUGUUCAGAUAAAUGUUAGACGUAAUUGGUGCCAAAGUUAUAAAAUUCUUAGAUCGAUGAAUAUCAACGAAAAAUUAAUGUCACAAUACAUAACAAUAUAGUAAAAAUUGUAAUGAUUAUUAAUAAUGAAAUAUCAUGUAAAACUACGUAUGUAAUCAUAUUUUUUAUAAUAAAAAUACUUAUAU